AACAAAUGACAUUGCCCGCUGCUAAUCAAGUCUGGCCUUUGGAACGCCUAUGGAGCCUCCCAGAGGCGGGGCUACAAAGCCCCGCCCACCGGCGCACGCCCACCAUCAGGCUCCGCCCCCUCCCCGCACCCAGCCUGCACCGCUCUCUGACUGACGCAGUCGUCGCUCCCAAUACUUACAGACUUCCUGCUAGCUUCGUCAUUUCCGAUAAGUUUCUACAACCAAUAAGAUAGCCUCAGAGGCGGGCCAUCGUCUCCCAGGCCCCUCCUUCCCUUCGCGGUGGAAACUUCAAGCCGCGGCGCGAGGCCCGGCUGCGCGCGUGGGCCUCAUGGCUUCCUCGGGGAAGCUCGGCACUUUCCGCCUUCCCCCGUUGCCCACCAUUCGGGAGAUCAUUAAGUUGUUCGGACUGCGAGCGGUGAAGCAGCUCUCCCAGAAUUUCCUCUUGGACUUGAGGCUGACAGACAAAAUUGUAAGGAAAGCUGGCAGUCUAGCAGAUGUUUAUGUUUACGAAGUGGGUCCGGGGCCUGGUGGAAUCACCAGGUCCAUUCUCAAUGCCAAUGUUGCUGAACUUGUGGUGGUUGAAAAGGACACUCGAUUUAUCCCAGGAUUACAGAUGCUUUCUGAUGCAGCACCUGGAAAGCUGAGAAUUGUUCAUGGAGAUGUGCUGACAUACAAGAUAGAGAAGGCCUUUCCAGACAACGUUCGAAGACAAUGGGAAGAUGAUCCUCCAAAUGUACAUAUUAUUGGAAAUCUGCCUUUUAGUGUUUCAACCCCACUGAUCAUCAAGUGGCUUGAAAACAUUUCUCUUAAAGAUGGACCUUUCGUGUAUGGCAGAACUAAGAUGACGUUAACAUUUCAAAAGGAAGUGGCUGAGAGACUUGUAGCCACUACAGGAAGCCAACAGCGCAGUCGCCUUUCCAUUAUGGCCCAGUACCUCUGCAAUGUUGAGCACCUCUUUACAAUUCCCGGAAAAGCCUUUGUUCCCAAACCAGAGGUUGAUGUAGGAGUGGUCCACUUUACACCCUUGAUACAGCCCAAGAUCAAGCAGCCAUUCAAGCUGGUAGAGAAAGUUGUUCAGAACGUGUUCCAGUUCCGAAGGAAGUACUGCCACCGAGGGCUUGGAAUGUUAUUCCCUGAAGCUCAGCGCCUCGAAAGCACUGGAAGACUGUUAGAGUUGGCAGACGUCGACCCGACUCUCCGGCCUACCCACCUCUCGCUCAUGCAUUUUAAGAGCCUGUGUGAUGUAUACAGAAGAAUGUGUGAUGAAGACCCACAGCUCUUUACUUAUAACUUCAGAGACGAGCUCAAGCGAAAGAGAAGAAAAGGCCAAGAGAAAGAAGAUGGCACAGGAAGCUGUGAGUCCUGACUGCUGCCCUCAGGGCUCCACCCACAGUGCGGGUCCUCUACAUGCGUGCUUAUUUCUCCAUCACUCUGUAAAGACACAAUAAAUAUCAAGUAGAUACA